CUCUCUGUGUCUCGCAUUGCAUUUAGUCUGUGUGUUUUUGUCUCCUCGUUUUCCUAUAUACAUUUAUUCGCUUCUUUGUUUUCAAUCAUAUUGCAGGCCUCUCUUGGUUGCUUUUUUAUUUGUUUAAGUUAAAACAGAAAGCGGAAGUUUUCUGUAUAAUCUCUUCGAGUUAACAAUGGCAACCAUGAACCCCUUCGAUCUCUUGGAUGAUGAUACUGAAGACCCAAGUUUGAUUAUUGCUGCUGUUGAGCGGCAAAAGCUUGAAAAGCCUAAGAAAGCUCCCGCUUCGACUCCAGCUCAACAAGCUCAGCCUGUUAAGUCUGCCAAGCUCCCCACCAAGCCACUUCCUCCUGCUCAAGCUGUGAGAGAGGCUAAGAAUGAGCCUGGACGAGGAGGUGGCCGUGGACGAGGUAGCAGUGGGUUCAAUCGUUAUUCCAGAGUUAGUGAUAACUCCAAUGGAUAUUCAGGAGGGUACAGACCCUCUGAAGAGGGAGGUGGAAAGCAGUUUGAAAGGCGUAGCAAUGUUGGGACUAGAGGUUCUUUCCGUGGCGGUCGCCAUGGGGAUUAUAACAAUGGAGAGGCUGGAGAAGGGGAACAUACUCGCAGACAGUAUGAACGUCACAUUGGGACUGGACGUGGGAAUGAAUUCAAACGUGAUGGUGCUGGGCGUGGAAAUUGGGGUGGUGCCACUGAUAAAAUUGCUCCGGAGAGUGAAGAAAAUGCUCCUCAGAAUGAAAAGAAAAGCAUCGAGAAGCAAUUUGGAGAGGAAGUUGCUGCAGAUGCCAACAAAGAGAAUGCUGCAAAUGAAUCUGAGGAGGAGCCUGAAAAUAAGGAGAUGACUUUGGAAGAAUAUGAGAAGAUUCAUGAGGAGAAGAGGAAAGCUUUGCUUGCCCUCAAGACUGAAGGAAGGAAAGUUGAUGCCAAAGAGUUCGAGUCUAUGCACCAACUUUCGAAUAAGAAGAGCAAUGAUGACAUCUUUAUCAAACUGGGUUCUGUAAAGGACAAGCGCAAAGAUGCCGAUAAAGAAGAAAAAGUCAAAAAGUCUGUUUGCAUACAAGGAUGA